GAAAAAUGUUUUUCGCAAUCAAAACCGCCUGCACUUAGCAGGAGAAUGUGAAUGACAGCUCAAGGCUUGACUGGGGAAGUCAAGGAGCCUGGGAGAACCGGAAUAUUAUCACGAACGCCAGGUUUUCAAAGAGAGGCGAAAGAAACGAGAGAGAGAGAAAGAGACCAAGAAGAAAAUGAAUGGCAAAAGGGAAGAAGAACGCAAUUCAGAAUGGUUUUAAGACAAUUUCUGAAAGCAAUGGGACAUGUCAUGUUCACAUCGGUCUUUCUGGUUUCAACAUCAGAGAGAGGCCUUGAAAGAUUGCCAAAACCCAAGAAUGUGUUUGUAAAUUCAACCAACAUGAGGCAUAUCCUGAGGUGGAGUCCUGUGAGAGUUCCUCUGGAAUACAUCACUUACUCAGUAUAUUUUCAAGGUGAGUUUGAAAGACAUCACAAGAAGACUUGGGUGGCAAUCUCGGAAUGUUCUGACAUCACUGAAACAUGGUGUGACAUCACAACAGACAUAUCAUCGGAUGUGGACUACGAUCUGAAGGUUCGUUCACAGCUUGGGAACAUCACUUCAGACUGGGCGAACCUCAGUAAACUCUUCAACCGUAAGGAGACCAAUCUCACGACACCGAGGCUGACUGUUAAAGUGAACGGUGCUUUGCGAUCUUUGGAUGUCAGUGAAGUAAGGAACAGCAUCAAUGCUCAGAUUUAUUACUGGGAGAAAGAUGCGGACCAGCAGAUUGUGAAUACUUCCAUGUACCAGAACCCUUUCAAUAUCAUCCUGCAGAGGAGGGUCAAGUACUGUUUCCAAGCUCAACUCUAUAUUUCAGAAUACAAGAAGUUCAGUUCCCGCAGUGACCCCAUAUGUGAGUCAGUCAAUGACGAGACCACAUCCAGUGGGAUCCUCAUGAUGGUGACUACAGUCUUAGCUCUUGGAGUGUCCAUUCUAGCCGUGUCCCUGUUUCUCACAUGGAAACUCUGCUGUAAAGUUCAAUCUGCAUGGCUUCCCAAAGUUUCAGCUCCUCGUGUUCCAAAUUUUGAUAACCUACGAGCAGACGUCAUGAAGGAAGAAGACUGCAGCAAAGAGUUUUGUGAUGCUGUGCAGGUUCUACCUCAACUUGAGCCAUUACUCAGUCAAUGUCAAGCAUUGACAAGAGAGGAUAAGUCAAACUACAAAACCAAUACAGACAGUUGGGCUAUCAACUCUAUGAUAUCAGGGAAUGUUUCCCAGUCGCAAUGUCCAAUGGAGAUUCAAUACUGGAGAGGAUACCAAUCCCAACAGAACUCAGAAUUUCCUAAAUUAGCAAGCAAUGGCAGAUACAACACAGGUUUGGAUAAAGUUCCACAAGGACCAGAAGUCCUCUGGUGCCCUGCUUAAGUAAUCAUUCUUCAGGUGGGGGCCUCCACAGAAUAUCCAGAGACAACGAACCCACUGCCUACCUCACUAUGUCAGGAACUCCUUCCUCUUUAUCUUAUCACUACCUCAAAUUUCCUGCAGCAAACACAAUAUUUAUUAUUAUCUCUUUCUCCUACAGCCAGAGUAAAGGAAUUGGAAUAAGGGUGGGAUUUCCUAUUCUUGUUUGGUCCCGUUUCCUCAGAGAUCUGUGGGUAGAUGCUGCAACCAGAAAUCUCUUUAUGUUAACUCAAUUUUCUUGAAGAGAAUACUAAUUCUAAAUGUUGUUAUCACUUUUUAUGCGACUAAUAUCACAGCAUAAAAUGAAUCUGAGUUGUGAAAAUAAAACUUGAGAUAUAUUUCAUUCUGGUAUUUCUAAUAAAAGUGAUUUUUCUCUUAAUCCAAAA